AUGUCAGAAUUAACUGCUGAGAACGGUGAAGCACAAGGGGAAUUAACUAUUAAAGAGGAAUAUCAAUUAUGGAGAAAGAAUUGUCGUUAUAUGUAUGAAUUUGUUAGUGAAACUGCCUUAACUUGGCCAUCUCUAACAAUUCAAUGGCUUCCUGAAACCACCACCAAUGAUGACGAAGGAGCAAUUGAUGCUAAAUUAUUAUUAGGAACUCAUACUUCUGGAGAAGAUAAGAACUAUCUUAAACUUGCUACAACACAAAUUCCAAUUGAUUCUUCAAUUGGUCUGAAGAAACCCAAUUCAAGAAUCAAAAUUAUUAAGAAAUUUGAAAAUAAUGCUGAAAUUUGUCGGACAAGAUAUAUGCCCCAAGAUCCAAAUAUUGUGGCUACUAUAAAUGGUUUGGGGGAAGUUGAUUUAUAUGAUUUAACUGAUGAUUCUAAAAUGGCAAAAUCCCAUUUUGUACCUCAUAAUGAAAAUGGAUAUGGACUUUGUUGGAGUCCAUUUAAACGGGGGUUAUUAUUAACUGGUGCUGACGAUAAAUUUGUUUGCGUUACUGAUACUCUGAAAGAUAAUUCAAUUAUAUUUAAAAAUGAUAUUCAAAAAGAUAUUGUCAAUGAUACAAAAUGGCAUAUGUUUGAUGAAAAUAUGUUUGCUAGUGUAUCAGAAGAUUCAUAUGUUUAUCUCUUUGAUUUAAGAAGUAAAGAAGUUAUUUCAAGAUUUUAUGCUGAAGAAUCAAAAGGGAUUAAUUCAUUAGCAUUUUCACCAUUUUCACAUAAUUUAAUGGCAAUUGGUAAUACCAAUUCUAAUAUAAAUUUAUUAGAUUUAAGAAAAUUAGGUAAUGCACCAAAGAAUAAAUCAGGAUUAUUACAUACAAUGAUGGGACAUGGUGAUUCAAUAACUUGUAUGGAAUUUUCACCUGAUAAAGAUGGAAUAUUAGCUAGUGGAGGACAAGAUAGAAGAUUAAUUAUCUGGGAUUUAUUUAAGAUUGGAGAAGAACAACAACAAGAAGAUGCAGAGGAUGGAUGUCCUGAAUUAUUUAUGAUGCAUGCUGGUCAUACUGGAGCAGUUACUGAUUUAAGUUGGUGUCCAUUUAAAUCUUGGACAAUUGGAUCAGUUGCUGAUGAUAAUAUUGUUCAUCUUUGGGAAGUUGGUAAGAAUUUAAUUAAUUCUGAAGAAAAUGAAGAAAUUGAUAUAAAAGAAUUGGAAUAG